GCCGGCACGGAGCGAAGAGGUGCGAGCAUGGGAAGUGUCGAUGUGGAGGACGUGAGAGGGAGAAACCGGAGAGGGUGCGAGGGGCACUCGACGGUACAGGGAAGCAGCUUGUGCCAUCGUGGCGACUGAACGGAUGCAAGAUUGUCCUUCAAGGGAUCUACGAGGCGCAUGUACCUCACUCAAAGCUCGAGUGGGCGACGUGAAGCGCGUCGCCAAAGAUUAUUGCCUUAGGCCAUCAGAUGAUGCACUUCGAGGAGUUGCCGUUCAGUCUAUGGACAUAUCUCUGCUAUGCAUACAUACCGAAGACAGAUGCGAACGUAAAGGAGGUGACGAUGGGAGCAAGUCUGAUCGUACAUGUCGUCGCCACAGCCCAAGGUCUGUGGCAAUGGACUGAUAGCCGUUAUUCUGAUUACGCGCUCCCGACCCGGACCGAAGCUGGUCUUCCACUAUCCCGCCCAACCUGCUGUCGGACAAACAGUCAACAAUGAUGCAGAUCGUUCUGACAGUGAGGACGAAGACGAACCGGCUCCUCCCUCAGGUUGGACUCCAGCCAGUGCAGCGGUUGAUACUGAAGGCGUGCCCAAAGGCGCAUCCUCCGAUGGACCUCUGUCUUCUUCUGAUGCUGUAGACAGACCUUUGACAGACCUGCUCCUCGGCUAUAGCUAUGAGACUCUCGAGAAGCUCCUCUCCCCGGGACGAUGGUCUGACCAUAUAAAAUUCGAAAUAUGCUUGGACGGUAUUACCUUCGUUGGACAUCCUGUCUAUGCUUCACAGGACGGUGCAUGGUCGUCUUACCCCUCUACGGACCGCAGAGCGGAGCUGCAUGGAGACAGCAACAUAGAGCAUACUGAGCUUGACGACAACGACGAAGGUGACGGUAUCCAUGACCCGGCGGUAACUAUCACCGGUCCCGAAACGCCUGGGCGGCCAAAGCGAGACUUUUCGCAAGUCCGAGAUAGCUUCGACUCCUGGGCCGGACAAAGUCGCGGCACGUCAGUAAACAGCACAUCCACGACGUCCGGAGCGCCACAGGAGCAAAUCAGCAUGUUUCACGUUGUCUUUGCCUCGCGCUCCAGCGGUGACCUGGACGCGAUGACAUUCCACCAGCACGUGGCGCAGACGUUAAGUAGAGCUCUGCAGUACUGCCAGGAGCACAAUCAGUAUAUCUCCAUAGAAGCCCGCAAGCUGCUCAAUGCUCGAGCCGCCGCUAAGCGAGCCAACUUGAGUGCUAGUGCACUCUGGAAGCAGAUGGUGGAGAGCAGUGAGCUUGCGUGGGCGCUAAAAGAGUGUUUCGAAAAGCUCUCCGUCAAUGAAGUUGCCAGUAUCAGACUGGAUGGCAUGCAAAUGUCAGUUCAGAUUCCGGAGGCUACUCCCUACGUGAAAACGAACGAGAAGCUUAACGAGCGUUUGGCGUUGCUGCUGCUGGAGGACAAAGACGUUCUACUGCAUCAGCUGGCCGACUCCGAUACUUCCCUGCUCGCUUACGUCCUCCGGGAGCAUACCCCAACCAAAAGCCUGCAGAAGCACGCCAUCAAUCUCGGCCUAACGGCGGCUGAGAUCAUGCCGCUUGCUCAGCAUCUGAUCGAGUGGCGGAAAGCCAGGGCGAUUGCGCCGCUGCAUGCUCGUAAUACGUAUACUGUACAUCCAGAUGCUCCUUUGCACAAGGUCGCAGAACUGACUUCGCUGUACUCCCGCAAGUUCCCAGCGCUUCCGUCCUUACCGCAGAUGCUCAUGGUGCUUAGUGGCAAGCCGAUUCCGUACGGUCAUUUGAUCCCCUCUCGGGACCACCGAGGUCCAUAUAUGGAAAUUCUGGCUUUCCUACACCGGCACGGCUUCGUCGGGCAGCUCAAAACGUUUGGAUGGCUCAAGCUAAGCACACGGCUUCCGUCGCCUCCGGUGGCAGAUCCGAACAAGCGGCCCAUGUCAGCCAUGAGUCUCCUCUCUCCGCAUCUUCGGCCGGUCGACGAUGACAACGUCAGCGUCGCUUCCGUACAAACUGCUGUGCCUGCCAAUAGCACUUCAGCACGCGAAUACAUGGUUGUCCUUGACCCAGCCCAUAUUACCGCGGAAGAGAAUGUGCUCGUACAACAUCUGCGGGCAACCCUGCAGGACGGUGAGCUGAGAGAGCGUUUGCCCUUGCUAUUGCCGUAUUGGAAUGGAGAGCACGCCUUCGAGGAGAUUGCGGCAUGUGAAGGCUUGAAGAGGGCAAGAGUAGGGGAAUGGCUUGAGAGACUUGAACAGCAAGGGCACUUGCUCACAUUUCGAGCUUUGUAGCUCUAAGAGUACGGCCGUAAGUCGACAUUGUCCAGCUUAUCAUGCAAUACCGACUUACAAGUGGGGACGAUUGUGAUUGCAAUAUACGCGAAUUGAUGAUGCAUGGAGCUGCGUCUCGCUGCUGAUAGCAGUCUGGUCCCUCUAUCCCACCUUGGCCAAUAUGGUUACUGAGCGGGCAGCCUCCUUAGGUGAGAUUGAGGCCGCUCGUAUAAAAGUAGACGCAGAGACAGCGUGGCAAUGAUAGACUGUAGCUACGUCUUACCGUUUGCAACAUUGGAUAGUCGCUGUGGUGACAAUACCCAGGCGCUGAGUGUACAAAGAGCUACACAUACGUAAUGAUGUUGGCUUGGCGUGUUUUGUAAGCCAUAAAGAUCGAUACAGUUGGGUACAUCUUCUCUUGUACGCCCGGUCAAGCGAAAAUUGAGAUGGUGUUGCACGCAUCCGGA